CUGACAUCAUUUUAUUCGACAAGUGCUCCUCAACAUUCCGACUGAGUAGCACUGAGACGCAGGACUAUGGGGAGUAUAACAGACAAAAUGUGUUUUUUUUGCUGUUGUUUGCCUCAUUUUUGUCCACGGAGCUAAUGUUUUUGCUCCACAAUAAUUAUUUCCUCAGCACACGGACUCAGAAAGCAUGGACCAAUUUGAAAGUGUCACGUCUGGGGCCUCUGAGACGUACCCUGUGCAGUGCUCUGCCCUGAGGAAGAAUGGAUUCGUUAUGCUCAAGGGUCGUCCAUGCAAGAUUGUUGAAAUGUCCACUUCUAAGACUGGCAAGCAUGGGCACGCUAAGGUUCACCUUGUUGGACUUGAUCUUUUCACUGGGAAAAAACUUGAGGAUCUCUGCCCAUCCACCCAUAACAUGGAGGUUCCAAAUGUUUCAAGGAAGGAUUAUCAGCUCACUGACAUUGACGAUGGUUUCUUGAGUCUGCUGCAAGAUGAUGGAACCCAAAGAGAGGACCUUAAAUUGCCUGAUGAUGACUUGGGCAAGGAAAUCUUGAGGAAAUUUGAAAAUGACGAACAAUUAUUAGUCACUGUUUUAAAGGCUGUGGGUGAGGAAGCUGUUAUUGCAACGAAAACCUCCUCCUAACAAUCGGACCACUUCAUGAUGUCCCACCAAUGUCUAAGGUUUUCUCUUUAGCUGAGUUUCACGUUGUAAACAAGUGUAUGUACCCCAAAAAUUGCAUUCACAGGAUGCUAAAACACAAAGAACCCUGGAGUUUAAAAUGUUAACACUGAGAGCAGUUAAGGCUUAAGGUAGAAUCUAGUUUAAAAAAUCAAAUUUGCCCUAAUUCAUGGUUAUAUCAAGAAUGUUAUUAUAUUAAGAAAGCUAUUAGAAUGAAAUUAUCCAGAUGAUCAAAUCAAGUCUCUGGUAAAUCUGAACAGCACAAUUCUAAAGAAGAUGUCUGAGCACCAGGGAAUGUUGGCUUCUACCUUCAUGUAAGAUUUUCAGAUAAUCCAAAACAUGCAAUUUUAUUUGACUCUGUAGCAAACAACGGUUCAGUAGUUAGGACAUGGCUUGUUUUUUCUCUUUGCAAGUUCUUGCCUGCAUUAAUGUCAUCUGUAACUUAAAGACCAUUAGUUAAAACAUUUUCAUACGUAGGCAUUUUUAAAUUCUGAUAAUAUGUUUACAAUUCAUGUAAAUGUACAUGUACAGUUUCAUGUUACUGCUACAGUGGUAGCCUUUUGGCACUGCUGCGUUAAGUGUUUUUUACCUUGUCAUUAUUUACUAGUUUACUCGUUUUUUAAAUAAAAGCUGAGGGGAUGAUGCUCCAUUGGAGUGUCGUAGACUGUAUAAAGAAGUGAACUAAGUGAGUGUGACGUCACCCAUAGCGUUUGGCUCCAGUCAAAUGAAGCUCACAAGUUAUAGGAGUGAAUUUGCAGCCAGGUCCAUGUUAGAAAUAGGAAAUUAAUUUACGGGCAAAAUAGCAAAAGAAAAUAAUUGGAUCAUGCAGAGCAGGUUAAUACAGACAUUUUAAGACCAACAUGAGAAGCCUGAUAGCAGCAGUUACAGACAGAGGGCUGACAAUUUUUCAACAUUAGGUCAAUUGGAAACUGAGUGGAGCCGGAAGCACCCCUAUGUUCACUUCCUGUUUGGAAUGCAGCGCCUAGUGUUUUAGCUAUCUCCAUUUAUAUACAGUCUAUGCUCUCUAACAUGCUUUAUUGACUUGGUUCAGUUUAUAAGGGGCUCCAAACACAAAUGACAAUGGACCAAAUAUUCACUGAGUGCUUGCAAUAAAAGUCUUAUUGCAUAGUUCAUUCGUGUAGUUAUUGAGGAGACGUGUUAAGUCUAGUUUUAUAUGAUAAUUCUUGCUAGUGUUAAAAAACAAAGGGUUAUCUCACUUAAACACAGAUUUUGGCUUUGUGUUCAUCUUCAAUGUUGUUUUUCUCUACCUGACCUUCACAUGGCUACCUCUUCUCAGGACUUCAGGAGAUAUGUUACUACUUUUGUAUUCUUUGUAAUGUCUUUUUCUGGUGUUUAUGUAUUUGUCAUUGUACUUAAAAUUUUUCUGUUUCUUAUCUUUUUUCGUCUGAAACUGUGUUUUGACAAGGGCUAAGUCGAUGAUUCAACGUCAUGUUUUUGAGGUAUUACUUGGCUCUCCCCAGUUGUGUAUAUGACUGGAAAACUGACAAUCAGAUUUAAUUUGAGAAUUAAAGCUGUACUUUUAACA